AUGUCGGGACUAGCUAUUAUCCCAAGGUCCCUUAGUGCUCUCGAAAUAUCGUCCUUUGACAGAACGUGUGUCCUGAAUUCUUCUGACGCUUUGCUUUCUAUGGAAGAUAUACCGCGAAGUCUUGUUGAUGGGAUCGUUAUGGUUUAUCCCUCAUCAUGUGACCCCUACGACGAGUGUUCUACAUUUCCGUGUGUCAAUCACACCUGUGUGAACGGUUUAGGGACGUUAACGUGCGUGUGCAGUGGGGGAUGGAGCGGAACGCGUUGCGAGAUUCCACCUGACUACUGUCUGAACCAUUACUGCAAACACGGAGUGUGCGUUCCCGGAAACGGAACAUAUUCAUGCAACUGCACAGACUUCUACACUGGAAGCGACUGCUCUAUUCCUCCAGUAAACGGCAUGUGGUCUUUAUGGACGGACUGGUUAUCAUGUGGCGUAACAUGUGGAGGUGGUAAUCAGUCACGGGAGAGACAAUGCACAAACCCGACACCCGGGCCAGGAGGACUAACCUGCCAGGGCCCAGAUGUUGAGACGAAAUACUGCAAUACUGAGAAAUGCCCGGAAUGCCCAAAGCUCAAACGUAGCUUUGGUACAAUAGUUAAAUGUAUCAAAUCGCCAUCUUGGGAAAAUCGUUGUAAUGUAAGUUGCCUUAAUGGCACCACGUUUCCAAGCGGACAAGACCCAUUUCCCGAGUACACGUGUGGUCCCUCUACUAAUUAUGAAUGGAAUCCUAACAGUGCAAUACCGGAGUGCGUAGAUUACAAUUCACCUCUCAUGUAUGAAGCACGAAGUAUAGCGGAUUUGAAUGAUGUUUUAACUGAUUCGCAAAAGAAGGAGGUUGAAAAGUCAAUAUUAGAAAAGUUGACAACUGUCGCUUGUGGUAACGCCAAUACCUGCGAAAGAAGGGUAACAAUAAGUGACAAAUCUAACGAAAGUCGGAAGCGAAGUACUAGAUCAACACUAAAGGUUUCAGUUAAGAUGCAACUACCAGACUUGAACACGCUUAAUAUUGCCGCUUACGCACAAAAUGGAACAGAUACUUUCAACCCACUUCCCUAUAUAUGA